AUGUCAAAGAGGAAGGUCCAAUCCGCACACGACACUACCACAAUCGCACCCACCAGCAGCAUCAAAAAGCCCAAAACUGCAUCCGCUCUACAUGUCAAAUUCGACGACGACAUACAAACCAGCGACAUACACACCACUAAUAUUGAUGAACAUCCAAAGCCAUCCUUUGCCACCAUACACGACACUGAAGAUACUGACCACAUCAUCGAAGACGACAACAAUGACGAGCCAGUGGAAGAACAUCUAACGAUCGAUGCUUGGAAGGCUGUUAAAGAGAGUAGAGAGAAUGUUGAGUCUGCGCUUAGAAAGACAUUGAUAUCAACCAAGCAGAAAAAACGAGCACUGAACGAACGCUUGGCCAAACAGGCUACUGCCAAGAAGGCCAGGAUAUCAGAGAGGGCUAGAUUUCUGCCUGAUGAUGUCGUCGAUGCGUUUAUGGAGGAGAGGAGGGGUGUGAAAGUGCAGGAGAAACUGGCACAACGAGAUCCAGCAGAUCAAGUUGAAAAGGUACUCAGGAGGAAGGCUAGUAGGAAGCAAGAAGAGUAUCAAGUUCGAGAUGUAACGAUAAAAACUCGAUCGCCCCGCUUUCCACACCGCAGACCUAUAAACACGGAUGCUUCUGAAAAGAGGACGGCGCAUCUGUUUAGUAGUGGUAGGAUAUCGCGAGUUCCAGCUCUAGUGAAUAUUGGACGACGUAUUGCUUAUGGAUUCUGGGCGAAACCCGAAAAGAAACCUGACGGCACAAUGGAUCUUACAAACUGGACUGUUGGAAUACCAGGCAUGAUCAUAUUGUUUUGGGCUAUCAGCCAACACCCAGCCCUUGGCAAAGUAGGAACACCAUGGGAAGGCGGCCUCUACAAGAUACAAAUGCAAUUCCCAGAAGAAUAUCCUCAAAAACCACCCAAAUGCAAAUUCAUCCCUCCACUCUUCCACCCAAACGUUUAUCCCUCUGGUACCAUCUGUCUAUCUAUAUUGAAUGAGGAGGAGGACUGGAAGCCGAGUUUGACUAUUAAGCAGAUUGUUACGGGUGUGCAGGACUUGCUAAACGAACCAAACCCAGAAUCACCCGCCCAAACAGAAGCAUAUAUCUUGUUCAAAAAGGAUCGAGCUGCAUAUGAGAAGAAGGUUCGACAGAUUGCUAAAGAUUAUGCACCUAAAGAUUAA